AUGUUUAUAGGUCUGUGUGGAGGAAUUUGUGCUGGCAAGAGUACAAUCGCACAAUAUCUUGUAGAGCACCAUGGCUUUACUCACCUUUACCUUCGACCAGAACAAGGUAGCAAGAACUCUACUCAAAUCACCAAUGGCGUUUCAACCGAAGAAUCAAAAAAUGUUGAAGAGAAUAGCAUAGCUCUGAGACAGAAGUCAAAACCUCAAUCGCAAUCCCAAUAUACCUUUACAAGCACCACAGACCUCCUCGACUUCGUAACCAAGCGCUGGCGCGAACGAUGGGUAACAACCAAUAUCUACACUGAGUCUAUCCUUGACGCCCUUCUCCGACGCCCCUUCUUUAUUCUCGUCAGCGUCGACGCCCCAGUCUCCAUCCGCUGGAAACGCUUCCAAGCACGUCCCAACACACCUUCCACACCAAUCACUCUCGAAGAUUUCCUCCUGCGUUCCGAUCAGCAUCUCUACGACCCCGAACACGGUCUCCAAUCCCUCAUUUCCCGCGCUACCAUUCGUCUCCUCAAUACCUCAUCAGAUCUCGCCCACCUAUACGCUACACUCGGGAAACUCGAUUUGACAAAUGAAGACCGGCUCCGACCAAGCUGGGAUCAAUAUUUCAUGCAACUAGCUUCCCUCGCCGCCCAGCGCAGUAACUGUAUGAAACGCCGUGUGGGUUGCGUCCUAGUCCGCGAAAAACGAGUAAUCUCAACCGGCUACAAUGGCACACCCAGAGGUCUACUCAACUGCGGAGAAGGAGGUUGUUCUCGCUGUAAUGAAGGACAAGGCUCUGGAGUAGGACUCGGCACAUGUCUCUGUCUUCACGCAGAAGAAAACGCCCUUCUCGAAGCCGGUCGAGAAAGAGUCCGCGAAAACGCCAUCCUUUAUUGCGAUACCUGUCCCUGUCUCACAUGCAGUAUCAAGAUUGUGCAAGUCGGGAUUUCUGAAGUGGUUUACAGUCAAGGAUACAGCAUGGAUGCGGAAACAGCAGCAGUAUUUGGUCAGGCGGGAAUUAAAUUAAGGCAAUUUAUUCCGCCGGCAAAUGGUUUAAUCCAUCUAGAAAAACAGUCACUAUAUUAG